UCCGGUAGCAUCCGACACCCACAGGGACAGAGAAAGCAGCGAAGGACCGGCGGCGGCGGCGGCGCGCGGGAGCAGCGCGCGGGGAGAGGCGCGGGCUGGGGCGAGGGGAAGAAGCUCAUUUUACAGAUGAAGAAAUCGAGGCAAACAGGAUUAAAUGCUAGCUUAUUGUCACACAACCAAUGAGGAAACUGAGGCCCAGAGAAGAGAAGUGACUGCCAAGGUCCUGUCACAGCAAGUUAUUAGUAGCUGAGCUGGGGCUGGAGUCAGGGUCGUCUGAUUCCUGUUCAGGGCCCUUAACAAAAUGGAAAAAAGGAAGAAUACUUCAGAUGGAAACACUGCCAGCACAAAAAAGAAGAGGUUUGUUAUUAGAACAAAAAAUGAUGUAAUUGAACAGUAUGACAUGAUCAUAGCAACCCUAAGAUAGAACAAGAUGUUGGAAUACCUGGAUCUAUGGUACAGAAUAUUAUAAAACACGCAGGCGAAACAAAAGAAAAAGACAAAGUUGCAUCAGCUUUUGGUGGUUUGCAAAAAGCUACAAGGAAUUGAAGUGGACAAUCAUGGGCCAGACUGGAAAGAAAUCCGAGAAGGGACCAGUUUGUUGGCGGAAGCGCGUAAAAUCUGAAUACAUGAGACUGAGGCAGCUCAAGAGGUUCAGACGAGCUGAUGAAGUAAAGAGUAUGUUUAAUUCUAAUCGGCAGAAGAUUCUAGAAAGGACAGAAAUCUUAAACCAAGAAUGGAAACAGCGAAGGAUACAGCCUGUACACAUCAUGACUUCUGUGAGCUCAUUGCGCGGGACCAGGGAGUGUUCUGUGACCAGUGAUUUGGAUUUUCCAAAGCAAGUCAUCCCAUUAAAGACUUUGAAUGCUGUUGCUUCAGUACCUAUAAUGUAUUCUUGGUCUCCCCUACAGCAGAAUUUUAUGGUGGAAGAUGAGACAGUUUUACAUAACAUUCCUUAUAUGGGGGAUGAAGUCCUUGAUCAGGAUGGAACUUUCAUUGAAGAAUUAAUUAAAAAUUAUGAUGGGAAAGUACAUGGAGAUAGAGAAUGUGGGUUUAUAAAUGAUGAGAUUUUUGUGGAGUUGGUGAAUGCUCUUGGUCAAUACAGUGAUGAUGAAGAUGAUGAUGAUGGGGAUGAUCCUGAUUUGAGAGAUGAAAAACAAAAAGAUUUAGAGGAUAACAGAGAUGAUGAUAAAGAAAGCCACCCACCUCGGAAAUUUCCUUCUGACAAGAUUUUUGAAGCCAUUUCCUCAAUGUUUCCUGAUAAGGGAACAUCAGAAGAGCUAAAGGAGAAGUACAAAGAACUAACAGAGCAGCAACUUCCAGGAGCCCUUCCUCCUGAAUGUACACCAAACAUAGAUGGACCAAAUGCCAAGUCUGUUCAGAGGGAGCAAAGCCUGCACUCAUUUCAUACUCUCUUCUGCAGGCGCUGCUUUAAAUAUGACUGUUUCUUACAUCGUAAGUUCAAUUAUUCAUUCCAUGCAACACCCAACACUUAUAAGCGGAAGAACACAGAAACAGCACUAGAUAAUAAACCUUGUGGACCACACUGUUACCAGCAUUUGGAAGGGGCAAAAGAGUUUGCUGCUGCUCUCACUGCAGAGCGAAUCAAGACCCCACCUAAGCGCCCAGGAGGUCGUCGAAGAGGAAGGCUUCCAAAUAACAGCAGUAGACCCAGCACACCAACUAUUAACGUGCUGGAAUCAAAGGAUACAGACAGUGAUAGGGAAGCUGGGACUGAAACAGGGGGAGAAAAUAAUGAUAAGGAGGAGGAAGAAAAGAAAGAUGAAACUUCCAGCUCUUCUGAGGCAAACUCCAGGUGUCAAACGCCAAUCAAAAUGAAGCCAAAUAUUGAACCUCCUGAGAAUGUGGAAUGGAGUGGUGCUGAAGCCUCAAUGUUCAGAGUUCUUAUUGGCACUUACUAUGAUAAUUUUUGUGCCAUUGCUAGGUUGAUUGGGACCAAAACAUGUAGACAGGUCUAUGAGUUUAGAGUAAAGGAAUCUAGUAUUAUAGCUCCAGUUCCUGCUGAGGAUGUUGAUACGCCUCCAAGAAAGAAAAAAAGGAAACACCGGUUGUGGGCUGCACAUUGCAGAAAGAUACAACUGAAAAAGGAUGGCUCCUCUAACCAUGUUUACAACUAUCAACCCUGUGAUCAUCCACGUCAGCCUUGUGACAGUUCUUGCCCAUGCGUGAUUGCUCAAAACUUUUGUGAGAAGUUUUGUCAGUGUAGCUCAGAAUGCCAAAACAGAUUCCCUGGGUGCCGCUGUAAAGCACAAUGCAACACUAAACAGUGCCCUUGCUAUCUGGCUGUGCGUGAGUGUGAUCCAGACCUCUGUCUCACAUGUGGGGCUGCGGAUCACUGGGACAGCAAAAACGUGUCCUGCAAGAACUGUAGCAUACAGAGAGGAUCCAAAAAGCAUUUACUGUUGGCACCAUCUGAUGUGGCAGGUUGGGGAAUUUUCAUCAAAGAUCCUGUGCAAAAGAAUGAAUUCAUCUCUGAAUACUGUGGUGAGAUCAUUUCUCAGGAUGAGGCUGACAGAAGAGGAAAAGUUUAUGAUAAGUACAUGUGCAGCUUUCUCUUCAACUUGAAUAACGAUUUUGUGGUGGAUGCAACUCGUAAGGGUAACAAAAUUCGUUUUGCAAAUCAUUCAGUAAAUCCCAACUGCUAUGCAAAAGUUAUGAUGGUUAACGGUGAUCACAGGAUAGGUAUUUUUGCUAAGAGAGCCAUCCAGACUGGUGAAGAGCUGUUUUUUGACUACAGAUAUAGCCAGGCUGAUGCCCUGAAGUAUGUGGGCAUUGAAAGAGAAAUGGAAAUCCCUUGAUAUCAUCAGCUACCUCCUCUUUAAAACAGCUGCCUUAUUUUCAGGAAUUUCUAGUACUGUGGGCAAUUUUAGACAAAUAAAAUGCAAUUUGAAAUUCUGAAUUUGCAAAGUACUGUAAGAGUAAUUUAUAGUAAUGAGUUUAAAAAUCGACUUUUUAUUGCCUUCUCACCAGCUGCAAAGUGUUUUUGUACCAGUGAACUUUUGCAAUAAUGCAGUGUGGUACAUUUUUCAACCUUGAAUAAAGGAUACUUGAACUUC